AUGUGGGAGCUGGCGUGGGUCGAUGAGGAUGUAGAGUACAUCACUGGUGCCAAGUGGCGGCUCCCCCGUGGUGACAAGUGGAAGAACCUCUAUGCGCUCUCAAUCCCCCACGUGAUUGCACGAAACCCCAUCUACAUCAACUGCACUGGUUCAAUCGCAAGUUCGCACAAGUACGUAUGGGUGCGCGACCAUCGGUUGGAGGGUUGUCCAUGGGAUCCAGAGCUCAUCGAGUACCGGGAGACUACUGGGCGUUUCAAAAGCAUCUUGCUCCGCUCGGUUCCUGCCACCCCGAUUUUGAUCACAUGGAAAAUGCUGCCGAAUGAUGACAGGACCAAGUGGCUUGCCCAGGUUUUCUUUGCUGCCUCCGGCAAUCAGCUCGGAGUUGUGAUUGUGCCGGCUGAGCACGAGGGCCGUCUCAUGGUGACAGAUUUGACCCGCAUGCUGAAUGAGAACCUGUCCAACACAG